AUGUCAACAAUCGGCACAACAGCAAUACAAACAACUACAGCACCAAACUCUUUAGUCAUGAAUCCAACAUCUAUGUUAGUAGAGAUGAAAAGCUUCAUUCCUUCUUCAUAUACUUUUGAAACAGAAAUCCAGAAGAUAAAGCAAGAACUUUUAACAAGUAAUUUAGACUGUAGUGCGAAAGAUGAAACAAAUGAACAGUAUCUUUAUGAAAUGCAGGACAUUAUUGACCAUUUACCCAAAUUGCCUGAAAUUCAGCAACAAAAACUCACUAUUCCUGAAUUCGAUGAAAUAGAAGUCAAAGCAACUGACUCAGUAGAAAUAAAGAA